UCCGUGCAAUUCGUGCCCACUUUCCAACACUGUCCAUUAAAUGGGCGUAAAAUUUCAUUGAUAAAAAACAAUAGUCGAAAAUUUCGAGUUCGGGGGGUAACUAGAGAGCGAACUGACCAGGGAGCAUGGCGGAGCUGAAGGCCCCGUCGCUGCAAUCGCUGCUGGAAUCGGAAAGAGGAUCCACCGACAGCCUGCUGGCGGAAUCUUUGCAGCUGGACUUCGAGGAUCUGGAUGAUGCCGAGUUUGCCAUUCCGCCCACUGAUGUGCUGCCCACGCUGGAGACGGUGCUCAGCGAGUUCGAGGCGGAUUCGGACGUGGCCUCCGAGCUGGGGAUGCCGGUGCCGCAUGCAACGCCCACGCCCUCGAUUGGAGAAGACUCAGCCGUGCGGACAGAUGGUCGGAGCGGAGGAGGCUCCAUCAUGCGAUACACCCUGCUGCACGGCAUUUCCGCCCAACUUUCUUCAGCCGCCGAACGUGUGAACGCCGGAGCCGCGAGUUCCUGUGCCGUGGCCGCCUACAUAGCUGUGGGAACGUCCCACGGCCACAUCCUAAACUUUGAUGUCACCCAGACCCUGCGCUGGGCCCAUCAGGACAAGCACGGACAGGGUGCGGUGGCCAGUCUGGCCUUCAAUGCGGACUCCACGAGGCUUCUGGCCGGGUUCGCCCGAGGAUUGGUGACCAUGCUGGACACUCAGACGGGCGACGUCCUGCGCGAGUUGUUCGAUGUGAUAACCCCGAACACUGGUGUGCUGCAUGUGAAGUGGACGUCCAGGUCGUCCUUGGCGUUGUGUGCUGAUGCAGGUGGAUCCGUGUGGUCCCUCAGCUUCACCCGGAAACUGGGCAUUCGCGGCUGCAGUUCCAGGUGCUUGUUUUCGGGAGCUCGCGGAGAAGUCUGUGCCGUGGAGCCCUUGAUCAUGGACGCCCAUGGACGCCACGAGCUGGAUCAGUACUGCAUCGUUGCCUUGGCCACAUUGUCCAAGUAUUUCAUCGUCACCGUGCGACCCCGAUUGAGGGUAAUCAAGUACCAUGUCCUCCAGGGCCCGCCAGACUGCCUGCCUUUGCUGGCCUGGCACUUGGUUCUCAUCCAGGCAGCAGAUGCUUCCCGCUCCGUGGAUCCCGUCAUCGUUGUGGGACGCGGAAAUCAGCUAUUCUUUCAUCAGUUGUUCGUCUCCAAUGGGCGGAUCACGCUUCUGUAUCUCCGCCACGUCCAGCUGCAGGGAAACCUUCUGUCCGCCCACUGGCUGGGCCCGAAGUGCGUGGCGUCGCUGGACACCGCGGAGAUCCUGCACCUGGUGGAUGUGAGGUCCAGCAAGGAGCUCGAGUGCAUGGAUAUGGCCAAUGCGGGCUUGGUGUAUGGUUCCGCCCAGUUCAAGGGCCUGGCCACAGGCGGAAAUGUCUCGCCAGCCUUCGCUCUAGCCGGAUCCAACGCCUGUUACAAUUCCGUGGUGUCGAGGGGCACGCAACUUUACGUCCUGGGCGCCAGGUCCCUGCACAUCAUUGGAGUGAGGACCUGGUCUGAGAGAAUAAGCUACCUGGUCAAGCAUCAUCGCUGGCAGGAGGCCUGCCAGUUGGCCCUGGAUGGCUACAUCGCGUCCGUCGAUCGCCCGCGGAAACGCGCCCAGGCCAAGGAGCGCAUCGUUAUGCUCUUCAAAGAGUACAUAGCCAACUCCGCCCGGGCUCCGGACUACUGCCUCGGCUCCAUUGUAAACUGCCUGAUCACCGUGGGGGAACUGGAGCUCCUCUGGACACAGCUGUGGGAGAAGCUGGAGAACACAAGCUCCGAGCUGUUCCUGCAGCACAUCUCCGAGCACAUCGAACGCGAAACCAUCAAGAGUGUCAACCCCGUGAUUUCCCAAGCCCUGGUGGAGUACUGGUUGCAACAUUCGCCGGCCAAGCUGGAGCAGCUCAUCUUGAAGCUCGACUGGAUGUGCCUGGACCUGAACCAGGUGCUGAAGGCGGUGAAAAAGCAUCGGUUGUUCAGAGCACAAAUCUACCUCAACACGCGAGCUCUCAACGACUACACGGCGGCGCUGACAGAACUGCUACCUCUGGUGACUCCGGAAGAGACGGAUUUGGGGAACUGCCUGCUGGUCUAUGUGUCCAGUUGCCUGGCCGGCAGGGGCUAUCCCAGCGGAGACAUUCCCGCGGAUCAAGUGCAGCAGGUGAAGCACGACGUGCUGCGCUGCUUGACGUCGCAGCACUCCAAGGAGAACGCCGGAGACGAGCUGCCGUAUCCAUAUUUGCGAGCUCUUCUCAAGUUCGACACCCGCGAGACGCUGAACGUGAUUUCUCUGGCCUUCCAGGAGCGGGAGUUCAGCAAUGAGCUGGGCUUCUCGCACCGCAAGAGGAUCAUCUAUCUGCUGCUGGAGAUCAUGUCGCCCGAGGAUGCUACAUGGGCGGAGAUUGGUUGCUUGUUGAACUUCAUAGCCCAGCAGAUAUCGAUGCAGUGCCUCCCGCGAGACAGGCAGCUCCUCGAGCGGGUGCUGAGCCACCUGGCGCAGGAGGAGAUUGCCCACGAGAGUGCCCGCCAGCACUCGGAGAGGGAGAGCGCCUGGCAUGAGCUGCUCUCCUCCAACUGCCUGGCGGAAAUCAGCAGCGAUGAGGAGCAGCUCCGUCUGGCGGAAAAGGCAAGGUGCUACUAUGUGGUGGAGUACCUCUUAGAGAAGCUGCAGCGCUACGACACCAUCCUGGACUGCUACAUCCGGAACGAGGCCAGGCACGAGACAAUGUUCGCCUACAUGGAGCGGCACGUAGCCAGCCCAGAGAGAUGCAUUUACGAACAGUUGAAGCGCCAUAUGAGGGCGUUGUUGGACAUCAAUCCGAAGGAGACCACGCGCCUCUUGGCCCUGCACUACCCCGAAAGAAUCUACGAGCUUCUGGACAGCCUGCGAAGGGAAGAGCACCUGCUGUUCGUGUUCCUCAAGUGCCUCAACGAUCGAAAGAGCGAACUGGAGCCCAGCCAAAUGGAGAUGCUCCUCGAACUGUACUGCAAGUUGGAAUCCGCUGAGGUCGUGGAGGAGUUCCUUGGCUCGAAUUCGGGGUACCGCAUAGAGCAGGCCAUUGCCAUAGCCGAAAGGUAUCACCUGAACCGAUCUGUGAUUUAUCUGUACGAGAAGCAGGAGAGUUAUGCGAAAGCCUUCGAACUGUCCAUGGACCUGCUGAAGUCGGCGAGCGGCGAGGAGGCCUCCAAGGAGGCUCGGUAUAUAUCCGCUUUGCUCGCCCGAUCGGUGGAAACCCUGCCAGCCGCGGAGCUGGAGCGCUGUUGGUUCUCGUUACUGCAAUAUGUGCUGCCCCACCAGGAGCUGCAGUCCUUAACGAAGUCCCUGCUGCACGAGGCCUCGCAGCACAUUGACCUGCACAACUUGGUCCAGCUGAUCAUGAACACCCGCAACGUGUCGAGCAGCUUCGGCGACAUCAAGGACCUCCUGAUGGGCAUGCUGGACAGUUCCAGGCACAAGACGGAGGCCCUACGCGCCGCUUCGGAGGAUCUGUGUCAAAAUCUUCACCUGGAGUUCGCAGAGCGACAUCGCCAGUCGCUGCGGGGCCUCUGGGUGACGACCACCAAGUGCUGCGUGUGUCGACAGCGGCUCUUCGACCGCACUGCAGUGCUGGUCCUGGGCGCUUGUGCCCAUGCCCUGCACGAAAGCUGUCUGAAGAAGGCUGGGGAUAACGUCGGGGAGUGUCCGCGGUGCUUUGAGGCUCUGAAGGAGCCCACGUUGAGUUUGCCACGACCAAAUAAGAGCCUAAUCAGCAUAUCCUCGUCCCUGGAGAUGGGUGCCUUGCAACUGAAGGCUCCGCCCAGGCGGUUCUGCUAGGCUCGCCACUGUUUUCGUGUAUAUUCCAUUUAAUCCUCCAUGUGUGUAUUUAUUGUAUUGUAUUGUGUGUUGUACUGUGUAAGUAAAGCAAUUGCAUGAUGAAAUCCAAA